CUUGCAUACUGCUGCUCUGAUUUUAUAAUCAGGGCAUAAAGAGGGGUGUGGUAAUUGCUGUGCGUAGGUGUCGGUUCUCACUACUUCUCCCAGCUGUUCCAAGAUUCCUCAGUCUGGGAGAAGCACGGGAAUAACCAGCACUGAGGACUGUCUUGGGAACAGCAUGGCGAGCAAGUGGAGAGGCUGGGUGCUGAUCCUCUCCGUGUGCUUGGGGUCGUACCAAGCUGGGGCCAGCCCCCUCCCUGAGUGUGACGAGCAGCCAGAGGAGUGGUGCCGUGAUGUGGGGACAGCAGCCAAGUGCGGGGUGCUGGAGCUGUGCCGGCUCACUGUUUGGGACCAACCAGUAGGGCAGAAAGGGAUCCCAUGCCACCUGUGCCAGGUGGUGGUGUCCAUGAUGGGCAAGAUCCUGCAGGACAACUGCACCGAGGAAAAGCUGCGGAUCUUCUUGGAUAAGAGAUGUCAGUAUCUGCCCUUCCAGGACUGGUCAGUCAAGUGCAAGAAGAUGGUGGACACUGGUGUCCUCGUCCUGGCCCAACUGGGCAAGCAAGUGCUGUCAGACCCAAAGGUGGUGUGUGGCACUAUCAAGUUGUGUCAACCCCGGGGGGGCCUUGAAGGGGCCCUGAAGUUCCAGGAACAGCCACCAGCCCCCGCUGACCCCGCACAGGACUUGGCCCAACUGGCUGUGCCCUUCAUCAAUGGUGUUCCGCUCCUGCUCCAGCCCCAGGACCUGCCUCAUGCCCAGGACACUGGGGACCUGUGCGAGGACUGCGCUCGCCUGGUGGCAGCUGUGCAGUUGGAGCUGAGCAACGGGGCCACCACUGCUCGCUUACUGAUGGCCCGUGCCAAGGAGGAGUGUGAGGGCCUGGGGCCCGUCCUGGCACAGCGGUGCAAUUACCACCUGGCGAAGUAUGCGGACACAGCUGCCUGGAUGCUCCGGCACUUGCUGGCUGAGGACCCGCGGGAGCUCUGCAGCAUGCUGGAGCUCUGCCCCACAGCAGACCCAGGACCCCUGCACACGCCGCUCUCCGAGAAAAUGGCCCAGCUCCUGGGCACGCUGCUCUCCAAUACGGAGACCACGCCGCUGUGUGAGAUGUGCGAGUUCGCUGUGCGGGCGGCUGAGAGCCUCCUGGAGAACAACAUGACAGAGGAGCAGCUGGUGAACGACAUUGAGAAGGUGUGCUACAUGCUGCCGCACAGCGUCAUUGGGCAGUGCAAGGACUUUGUGGAUUCGUACGGCAAGGCGGUGGUCAUCAUGCUGCUGGAGGCCACCGACCCGCAGGCUGUGUGCACCAUGCUGCAUGUCUGUCCGCGCCAGGAGGCGGCCCGGGGGGCAGAGCUGGGGGCAGGGCUGGGGGCAGCACUGGAGCCAGCUGCUGGAGCAUUUUGCAACGUCUGCCAGAUCUUCAUCACUUACCUGGAUAAUGAGCUGCUGAAGAAUGAGACGCUGACAGAACUGGGCGCUGUGCUGGAAAAGGGCUGUGAGCUGCUGCCCGGCCCGCUCACCAGCACGUGUGAGGCGCUGGUGAUGCAGUACGAGCCAGCAGCUGUGCGGCUCCUUGUGCAGAUGAUGGACCCUGACUUUGUCUGCACUAAAAUCCGAGCUUGUGACUCAGAGCUGACCUCAGCCCCCUGUGCCCAGGGACCUGACUACUGGUGCAUCAGCAUGGCCACGGCCACCGAGUGUGACGCUGUGGAACAUUGCAGGCAGCAUGUGUGGAACUAGGAGCAUCUCCAUCCUGGACCCUCCCUCCCUUGGGAUGCAGCCACAGCACCAGGGAUGGGGUGUCCCAGAGUUUCCCUGCUUGGCUCUGAGACACUCCAGUCCACUCUGCCUUCUUCUUUUCCACCCCCGGGGCUUGGAUUUUUGGAUCAGGUUAAGGGAUUUUGUCUUGUUGUUGGGACUGGGAACUCAGCAGUAGGUUUGUUUCAACAUACCCCCCUUAUGCUAUCUGCUGAGUGAAAACCUUUGGUCGUUCCCUUUCACAUCCCACCCAGAACCGACACCAAAGACAUGAUCAGAGCAACUCCAUGGACUGGGAUGGGCUCUGCUGCUGCCGUGCUGGUCCCAGUUUGCUGGUGCUCUCUCACCAUGGGUCCCACGUGAUUUUUGGCAAGACCUUCGCUAGACUCAGUCCCAACUGGGGCAGCUAUUUAAUUUUAUUUUUUUUUCCCAUGGUCACCAGUUAAAGAAACAAAGCAGAUUCCAUGUGCCUGGCUUUGCAUGACUUCUGCAGUAGAUGAAUGUUGCAGGGGGGAAGGAGAAGACAUAGGCUGGGUUAGAAACAUGCAUGUGUUUUUAUAUAUAUAUAAAUAUAUUACAUAUGUUUAUAUAUGCGCAUAUCUCUUAUGUGUGUAUAUAUACAUG